UGUUUGCGACCUGUCUUGUGAGGAAAUACCUGGCGUAUGUGCGGCACGCACGCAGGUGACUGGAGUGGAACGAAUAAGAUCUACCAGCAUUCUGUUGACCUGGACUGAAGCGCUUGCGUGCGACCUGGCAUUACUUAGUCUUUAGUUAGUACCGGCAGAAGCUUACAACAGAGCGUAGUGUGGCAUACUUUUUCUCUUCUUGACGCUACCAUACUUAAACAUCAAAAUGACUGAAGGAAGAAAUGUUGUCAUUGCCAUGGACGAGAGCCAUCACUCUGAUGAUGCGUUCGAAUCCAUGGUGAUGACUGACGUCAGUGUGGUCACCGACCUGCUCCACGACGAGGAGAAGAGGAUCAAGGGAUUCCUGGAGCAGCUGGGCCAGAAGCUCAAGGCCGCCGGGAUCGGCGGCAAGGUGAAGAGCGUGGGCGGUAACCCCGGAGAGGUGGUGGUCAAGGUCUCCGUGGAGGAGAAGGCCAACCUGAUCGUGCUGGGCUCGCGCGGUAUGGGCACCAUCAGACGCACCCUGCUGGGCAGUGUGUCGGACUACGUGAUGCACCACUCACACAUCCCCGUGCUGGUCUGUAAACACCCAGACGUCCACAAGCACUGAGCUGUGAGCUGUGAGCUCAUGGAGACGAGGAUGAUGGUGGUCAUGGUGGACGAUGACGACUAGUGAUGGUGGUGGUGCGGAGUGAGAGAGAGAAGAGAAGAUGGAUGAAUGGAUGGAGGAGGGAUGAGAGAGCACAGUUGUUUUGCGCAGUGCAAGAGAUUUGUGGUUUGACAGGAAGUUCUUUCUUUUUCUUUAAAAAAAACUCAAUUUCUUAAAAGGGUUUUCUAACUCGACUUUUUUUGGGGGGGGAAAACUUAAAAAAAUGAAUUCAUCUUUAUUUUCUUUUUGAUCUUUUAGUAUUGGAAUGCAAGCAAAAACUGUUUCCAUAAACGGGUAUUCGAUUGGUUGUGAUUCAUGCCCCCAAAAAACUAAGAUUAAGACGUUUAUGGUUUUUGUUUGAGGGGGGGGAGGGUAUUUUCUAAUCCUAAGUGCAUUAAGUGCCUCUUAUAACUCUAUGUAUGUAUGCAUGAAAGAUAUGUGUGGUGCUCGUGUUCUUUAUUUUGUUUUUUUGUGCUGUUUGUCUGUCACACUAGAAGAAACCAAACUGUACUGCAGAUACAUGCAUUUGGUUAUUUUGUAUUUUGCAAAGCUGAUAUUAAAUGCGUUUGCAAGGGAUCAGCCAAUCAGCUUUUUAUUUUAUUCUUUUGUUGGACAAUCCAGAGUCUUCGUGAGGCUGCGCUCAGUUUAUCAAUGAAUGAUGCGUGCUUUAUCUAAUGGGGCCAAAAUUUUCCAUGCCAUGGAAGCCAUCUUGGUUCCAACUGACAAUGUGUGAUGACUAAGCUUAACAGAAAAGUUUGAUAUUUUCUAGAAAGUUCUUCCAUGUGCUCAGAUCAAUGUUGUACCCCUGACUUACAGUUUGAUACAUUUAAUGUGACAGUAAUCUUUACCGACUGUUCUCAUUUCUGCGUGACCUUUGGAGCUUCGAGAUGUCUGUGUCUUUUGUUCCUCUUCUGUUGUCGUAUACUAGUCAGGAUCAGCAAGCAUGCGAGCAUUUCUACGCUCGGUAUUCCUGCACCCACAUCCAUCAUAGUUGUAAUCAACACUAAGCAUCUAUACCUUAAGCUGAACACCAGUUAUAUAAUUUACAAAGUUUGUAAAGAGAACUGUUACCUACUUUGUGUCGCUGUAGAUUAGAUUCAAAAUAAUUAAUGCACCCCUUGUUUUGUUUGAACUGGACCAAGUGUGUUUUGUAGCUUUGUCAGUAAUGCAGCAUGUCUUGUAGCAAUAAGUGGAUGAAAACCAGUGUGUUUAAACAUCGACUUGUCAAUGUCAUCACUCUAGAAUACACUAUUGGUUUGGAGCAUAAGUAGCUGGGUGAAAAGACUUAUGUGGCCAUUGUGGGUGAAAGUCACCGUUAUAAUAUAAUUAUACACCAACGUGUAAGCAGAAUUGAUAUAAAGAUAAGCAUUAUUUUACAUAGUUGGCGUUCUUUCUUCGAGUAUUCGUUCAUGUUAUCAUAUCUUUUCUGUUGCAAAAAGAAGAGAGCAGCUUUGUGAAACCCUGUUUUAUUGGGUGAAUACAGGAGUGGCUUUUUUAUUUUGCAAUGGUGAGAUUAUAUUCAUAAGAUGUGCUGUUUUGCUUUGACUUUUUUCCAUGAGUGAGUUUCUCUGAGCAGUGUUGGAACUAAAACAGAACUACUCUGUGAAUUGAUCUCGCUCUCCAUGGGGAAUAGCCCACACGUACAGUUCACUUUAUGAAAGUAAUUUGCAUUUAUUAGUUCAUCAUUCAUCAUCACCGCCUGUUUCAUUGCCAUUUUUCUAACUUUUUUUUUAUUUGAACAAUCUUUCUGGAAAUAAAAAAACCUGUGUUAACGGUUUCUUGCUACUAAAAAAGAAUUAGGUCUUAUUUUUAUUUUUCCAUCUUUUCAAUCUUCAUUGCAUUUCAUUGUCAUUGGUAUUGCGGAGGACAUUUUUUUUCGUAGGAAGCUUUGCCUAUGUGAAAGAAUGUCUGCAGGAUUGAUGACCGACUAUUAAAGAAACCAAAACUUCC